AUAUAAAGAAUAUGAUAGGAUAGACAGGCGACAGCUGCACUUCAGCUGUUCACCCAGCGCGCGCGCGCGCUCGUCCGCCGUCGCCCUGCCCAGCCCUUCGCCGGUCCUUUCCCAGGCCUUCGACGCGUCCUUCGCCGUCGAAGAGUCCCCAGCAGCACCAUGCCCUUUUCUCGGCCCGCCGUUGGUUUCUUAGUUAGACUGGUUGGGGUCCGGCCAAGCUGCUGUCCUCCUUCCCGUGCAUUUGCAGCUGUCAGAGCUCAAAAGAUUCAGCUUCCCAAGAAAAAAAGGCGAUUAGAUGAAGUGUGCUUAGAAAGGUUUCAACAAUACAGUAGAACAUACAUCCAGUCAUGGAUUCUUCAAGGCAAAGUCAUUGUGGAUGGAAGAGUUGUGAAUAAAGCUGGAACACAAGUAUCUGACAAGUCUGUCAUCGAAAUCAAGGCUGAAAUCCCAAAAUAUGUAUGUAGAGCAGGACAUAAGCUUGAGGCAGCUAUCAAAGGAUUUGAUAUUGAUUGUGAUGGAAAGAUAGCCCUUGAUUCAGGAUUAUCCACAGGUGGCUUUACUGACUGUUUACUUCAGCAUGGAGCAUCACAUGUUUAUGGUGUAGAUGUUGGCUAUGGACAGGUGGCUGAAAAAAUUCGCACACAUGAACGUGUUUCAGUGAUCGAACGCACAAAUUUAAGAUAUCUAUCUCAACUGCCAGAACCAGUUGACUUGGUGACACUAGACCUAUCAUUUAUCUCCAUUCUCUUGGUCAUGCCUGCUGUUAUCAAAGUAAUGAAAACGGAUUCUACAUUGAUAACACUUAUCAAGCCUCAAUUUGAAGCACGUAGAUCACAGGUAGGAGGUGGUGGGAUUGUUCGAGAUCCUUUGGUUCAUCAAGAGGUACUGGAUAGAAUAAUUUCAGGCGUGGAAGAAUUUGGAUUCUGCAAUAAGGGUUGGAUCGAAUCUCCUAUAAAGGGUGCAGAAGGGAAUAAGGAGUUUCUUGCUUGCUUCAACAGGAUCCAAUAUCAGAGUCACAGCCAGAGGCAAAGGAACCUGUAACCUAGGAUGUCAGCAGAACCUGUAACCUAGGAUUAUCAACCAUAACCUCUGAUAUUCCUGAUAUUCUUAGACUGUCUCCAACAAUAACCGCUAAAUGGUCCGGUUUAGCGCUAAAUUUAGCGGUCGAGGACGUGCGCAAUGCGUCCAACAACAACCGGUAUAUGGCGCGCUAAAUUUUAGCGCUCGUUCGGGAGACGCCAAACGUAGAGGUUGUCGAGCGUCCGCUACACGCUGACUGUUUUUCUUUCCUGUGCUAUUGAAGUGCACGCUUCCUCUC